GGCUCUUUUCAGAGCCACCACUUACUCGUGAGAAAGCUUCCAUGUGUGUCCUUCAAAGUUCGGGUGCCGGAAACCUUCGUUUGCUGGUCACGGCUCUCACGAGUCGUCAGGCUGCUUUUUGCAUCCUAGGUCCCUUAACGAUGUCUGGACGCGGCAAGACCGGUGGCAAAUCUCGCGCCAAGGCAAAGUCCCGCUCUUCCCGCGCCGGCCUGCAGUUCCCCGUGGGUCGCGUUCACAGGCUGCUCCGCAAGGGCAAUUACGCCCAGCGGGUCGGCGCUGGAGCACCCGUCUACCUGGCCGCCGUGCUCGAGUACCUUUCUGCCGAGAUCCUCGAGCUGGCUGGCAAUGCCGCCCGCGACAACAAGAAGACGAGGAUCAUCCCCCGACACCUGCAGCUCGCCGUGCGAAACGACGAGGAGCUCAACAAGCUCAUGGGCGGCGUGACUAUCGCCCAGGGCGGUGUGCUGCCCAACAUCCAGGCCGUGCUGCUGCCCAAGAAGACCUCUCAGGCAAAGAAGUGAACGCGCCGCCGCCUCUACCACCACAACAACGGCUCUUUUCAGAGCCACCCACUUGCUUGCAAAGAGCUCGGACAGUCGUGCACAGGGGUUUUGUUAUUAAUAAGGACACCGUCGUCGAGUUGCCCUCGUCCCAAAUUGCUCGCAAUUAAACGAAUGCUGCAUUCCAACAUUGCAUCAAUCAUGGAACAUGGUUUAGAAUAAAUUGAGGUGCCUAUUGGAAGAAAGUAUCGUGUUUUUUUAAAGAAUAAAACUCGCUCUUUUUGAGCGGUCAGAUUACAUAUGAAGAGGAGUCGGAGAAUGGUUCAAGCACUUCAAGGGAUCUGCGAGCCACCCUCACGCACCACGCACCACGAAAACACGACAUCUCCGCUCUCACAACACGCACCAAUCAAUCUUAAUUUUUUUUCACAUGCGCGGGAAAUAAGAGCUGGACGGGGGGGUCAGGGGUUAAAGGGCAGUGACGUCACCCGGACCAGGCGUGCUGGACGCGAAUGUGUAUUGGGAGCGGAGAUUGAGGAGUUAAAAGGGGCUGUGGGACGUGUGCCCGGGGUUGGUCUUGGAACGAAUAUUGCUGUGCGUUGGUGAAAACAGGUCCCUGUGGGGUGGGCUGGUAGGACCGAACAAUUGAAUGGCUAUAAUAAAAUGAAAUGGCAAAAAAUGGGCGCCAAUAAGUAGAUGGAAACGUAGACGGAGUGGAACAUAAGAAACAAUAAAGUAGUAGUAACCGUUCUGCAAAAAAUAAUAGUAUUGCACAAGUAUGUACCUACGUGAGUGCAGCUUGGAGCAGACACAGUGAGUAGUAACAAUCUGCACGAGAUGCAGCGCCGUGGGCCACGCCCCUAUCACUGUUAGCCCCGCCUCCUCGCCCCCGGUACUGUAUUCUCGA